AUGACUCUCAAACCCACUUCUCCCCUUCUCCUCCUCGUAGCCACCGUCGUCCUCCUCUCUGCCGCCUCAGCCGCCUCCACUUCCGCCCCCUUCAACAUCACAAGGCUCCUCGGCCAUUUCCCUGAAUUCGGCGCCUUCAACGACCUCCUCACCCGAACAAAACUCUCCGAAAUCAUCAACCACCGCCAGACCAUAACCGUCCUCGCUCUCAACAACGACGCCAUCUCAACUUCCCUCGCCGGAAAACCCCUCGACGUCAUCAAAGACAUUCUUAGCGUCCACAUUGUCCUCGACUUCUUCGGCCUCCCUAAGCUCCGCUACAUCGUCAAGGACCACCGGAGCGGCUCCGUCUUCGCCACGCUCUUCCAGGCCACCGGCAAGGCAAAAGACUGCCAGGGAUUCGUCAACGUCUCCGUCUCCGACAACGGCCAGAAUAUCGCCUUCGGCUCGGCCGUUGAGGGCUCCCCGCUCGUUGCGAAGGUCGUUGGCUCCGUCGCGGUUCGGCCGCACAACAUUUCCGUCCUUCAUGUGAGCUCGCCGAUUGUCCCGCACGGGGUCGACCCGAACCCUAGUCCUCCAUCGCCGCCUGCGCCGGCGGAGGAUCCGGGACCGGUGUCAGAUGACGAGGAGGCUGAUGGGCCGGCGGAUGAUUCUCCGGAGGCUGAUGCCCUGGAGGCUGAUGUGAAGGCACCGAGUGAUGCUCCGGUGAGCUAUUCUCCGGAUCCGGAAGUUCCCGAUGCCGGUGUAGCGGUGGAAAUUCCGGAAUCUGAGAAGUCUGGUUCUGGGAGCGCUCUGGUGGGCUCUGUCGUUGGUGUUGGAGUGAUCAUCGGUUUAUUCUCGCUUUUUUGA